AUGGCAAUCAACUUAGAUCAGAUGAUUUUAAAAAUCCUGCAAUGCAAUUCAUCAUAUUAUUCCUUAAUCGAGGGAAUUGUUGCAUAUAAAAACAAAGAAAUGCAAAAUUCUUGGGAAUGUUUUAGUAAACAUGCGGAACUUGGCAACCUGAUCGCUAUUUAUUGGAAAGGUGUAUAUGUAUUGGAUAUUAAAAAGAAUAAAAAGUUAGCUAAUCAAUUAUUUCAAAAAGCUGCUGACCGGGGUCAUGCGAAAGCACAAGUACGCUAUGCAAUUUCUCUUUCAGAUGACGAUGUAAUUCUUAUCAUAAGGAAAUAA